AUGUCCUGCUACGACCUGUGUCCCACCACCAGCUGCGGCAUCGCCCGCCCCCAGCCCCUGGCCRACAGCUGCAACGAGCCCUGCGUGCGGCAGUGCCCYGACUCCACCACCGUCAUCCAGCCUCCUCCCGUGGUGGUCACCCUCCCCGGCCCCAUCCUCAGCAACUCCCCACAGAACUCCUUUGUGGGCUCCUCUGGAGCUCCAGUGCUUGGUGGUUAUGGAGGCUCCUCCUUGGGCUAUGGGGGCUUCUAUGGAGGUUAUGGAGGCUCCUCCCUGGGCUACGGGGGUCUCUAUGGAGGCUCCUCCUUGGGCUAUGGGGGUCUCUAUGGAGGCUAUGGAGGCUCCUCCCUGGGUUAUGGGGGUCUCUAUGGCUAUGGGGGCUCCUCUCUAGGUUAUGGGGGUCUCUAUGGCUAUGGUAGAUCCUACGGGGCUGGAUACUGCAGCCCUUACUCCUACCGGUACAACAGGUACCGCCGUGGCAGCUGUGGGCCCUGCUAAAUCCACCAGAAAGAGCUUCUAA